CUUCACUCUCGCAAACCACAUCCCGCCUGCCGCAUCGUUUCGAUUUGCACUGCUUUCGUUGAACGUGCAUGCUUGUUUCCUGCGCUCCUAGCGUCAUACUGUUUAGUAACUCUAGACUUCCCUACAGCGAACCAAGCGGACCCGAAUACUCGCGCAGCCCUGUGACGACCCUGUCUCAAACAGUCGACACCUCCAGCACCCCCCGAGGGUCUCACCUAUCGCCAUGGUCCGCAAUGGCAGUCCGUCGCCGGCGGACAACUUUCCGCUAGGUCAUUCCGCGACAUCCCCCCAACCUCAACCUUCGAAGCGCGACAAACGACGCAACAUGCUCGCCGAGAAGCUUGCGGAGAUGAUGGCCACAUUCUCCGACAAUAGGGACAGCCAUUACAGAGCCCAGCUUGCCGCGCUACAAGCCGACAUCAACCUGAUUAUGAAGGCGGAUCCAUAUGCGAACCAGCCGCUCGAAGACGGCGGCGAAGAGGCCACAGAGCUCAUCUCGCAAAUCAUGGGGAACAACGUACCUACCGCACCAAGCGCCGGUACCGAUUACAUUGCGCAAUGUGGAAAACACUAUUCGCGAUUUGUAGAUGCCGUCAAUGAUGCGAUGGAAGAGCGCGACUACAACCUGACAAUGCUCUGGAACAAGCACGAGAACACGAAGAACGAGAUCGAAAACUCGCACUACUACAAAGUCCAAAUCGCCGAAGAAGAGCACAAGCUGCUCGCUGCCACCAUCCGCGAACGACUCGUCGCAAGCAUACAACAACGGACAAACCGACUGAAGCGAGAGAAGGAGCAACUCGACCUAUCCGACAGCAAUGCGAUGCUCCUCCACCCCAAUCAAUUCAGCAUAGGGCAUCCUGCAAGCCCUGGUGGUCCACAAGCCCCUCGGAAGACUAGGAGAACAGGACACAAAUUUGGCGACGCCGAGGAUAUGGCUGCUGCUACCGAGCACAAGCGAAAGCGCAAGCUGUACGAAGACCAGGACAACGAUUCCCCAGGUCCUUCUGGUCGCCCUACCGAGAUGGGCAUCGGCUCACCCUUCCGCGAAGCCAAAGCGCGCACCAUCAAUGCCCAGUUCGAGUCGUCUGCAUACUCCCUCGAACGCUUGUUCAGCGAGAAGGAGCUCAACAUGGCUAUGAACCAAGCCACCAUGGCCGCCUCCCACUUUUUCGCCAAGAUGAAGAACACAGAGGCUGCACCGCAGGAAGCCACAACAAACGGCAACACCAAUGGCACAAACGGCGACCACGCUUCCGAAAACGGCGACGCCAUGGAUCAGGACCAAGAUUCUGACGACGUGCCCGGCGCGACGGAUAUGAUGCGCCAACACUCGUCGAACCCUCACGCUACCCGCGGCGCCACACGCUCAGCACUGAACCCCACGGCAGCCAUCGUCAGCGGACAAAUACCCCCAUUCAUCUACAACCCGCCAUUCGUUCUGGAUGCCAAGAUCUUCCAGAAGAUUAACGCCUCAGCACCGCCACCACCUCCCCUUGGCGCACACGACAUCGAGCAAGAUCUGAAGCUGAUGCUUAGGGAAGCACCGCCAGACGACGAUAUCAACGAAAAGCUCCUGCAAGCCGCAUGCAACCCCGUCAAAGCGCGCGACUACCAAGUCCAGCCACCUAACUUCUCGGAGCCAGUCCACGAGAUGACGAGCGCUCUUAGGAGUACAGCGCCUCAUUUAGAGGUGGGCGCAAGCUUAGGUGGUGUUCCGAUGAGCGCGCAGAGCAGCAUGGCGGGGUGGUCAGACGCUGGUGGAAACACACCGCUGGGACGUUACGGCGACAGAGAUUCGCUGGCUGUUGGUGGCCACGGUGGCGGUGUUGCGAUGACACGGACAGCGAGUGGUAGCGGAAGGGGACGCGGCAGGGGACGUGCUUAGAAGGCCCGCCGUAUACUCUGACGUCCUUGUUCGCUUCCACAAUCUGUCUUAGGUUUCGCGAUUACGGUUUAUAUACCCAUUAUUGGCGUUUUGGUGCGGUGCAUGUAUGGCGCACUCCUCUUAUCGACUUGCGUUGUUAUCUCUUUCUGCUCACAUAGACAUUCCAGGGGGAGUUGUCUAUGUACGACGCUUCUUUGAAGCAUACCAGGAUUGGCUCAGUUGGUUCUACCAUGUCUGUAUUAUAGUACAUCAGGAUACGAAUAUAAUCAACGUAUUGGACUCUG